CAUUCCAAACCUAACCUCAUUUAUUUUUGUUGUCUUUUGACUGUCUCCUAUCUGCCUUUUUUGAUAAAAUUCCACUAAGAAUUUACAAAAAUGGCUCAAAUCAAACAGGAUAUGCCCCCUGAAGGGGGCUACAGGCCGAUACAUUUCAAGCGGAUCCCUUGCAAAACCUUUUUCAGCGGUGCAGCAAUAAUUGGAGGCUACGUAGGAAUGACUGCUGGAGCAGCCUACAUCUACUACCUAAACUACGGAGCUGUGUUCAGGAGAGAACUGGAAGUAAAAGGAGGCAGCUUAGCCAUAUACCCGAUGCUGCUGGCUGAAAGAGACAGAGCAUUUUUGAAACAACUCAGACGCAACAGAGAUGAAGAGAGGGAACUAAUGAAGAACGUUCCAGGAUGGAAAGUAGGCACCUGGUAUGGAGAACCUGUUUUUGUUGGACCUGAAGCUGAUAAAUUCCACAAUCCGUCGAUUUCAGAAUAUUAUGUACAUUCAAGUUACAAGGACAUGAAAAAGAUAGUUAAUAUGCAAUUUGCUGUUUGAGAGAAUUUUUAUUGAUUGUAGAAUUGUGGUAAUUAUUUGAAUAAAUGUAAAUAUCCUUAGGCAGGAUUUAAUUAUAAAGUUAUUUUUCAGUUUUGUGGCCUUGAAGUGACUCAUUAUUGUAUCUUCAAUCGUUUUCAAGCCAAUAAAAAAUUCACUAUUGAAAAGAGCUUAGGGUUAAUUUUAAUUUCCCAGAAAAUGAUGUUAAUUGAUUCCAAGGAAGUCACUGGCCAGCUUAUUUCUUGAUUGUAAAUAUAUGUUGCCCAAUUUUCUCUUGGUUUUUCUAUUCUGAUGCCAAGCAAUCAUCUUGUUUCUCCACUUUUGCAGGUUACUCUAUUUAAUGUUCUUAUAUGUUCUUGUUGCUAAAUACUGUUCUUGUAUUGCGGUAAAAAUUUGCUGAAGACACUGAGAUCUGCAGCUAGGAAUUGAUCAGUAAUAAUUAGAAAAAAUAUCCCUUAAAAAUACUCUCAAAAGCUAUAUUGUUGUUUUUUGUGUAACAAAUAAACCAUUUGUGAAUAAUAGAGCAUAUAAACCAAAUAUCAACAUUCUAACUGAAUUCAAAAUAUUCCAAUCAAAGCUCUAGCUAGAGCAAUACACUAAUUACAGAUAUAUAAGAUUGACCCUGUCCAACCACCCCCAGGGUAGGUAAACACUUUAAUAGUAGCAUCAUUGUUAGAACUAAGGGUAUAUUUAAUGACAUCCCUGUGCAAUAAUGGCCAGAAACAUAAUAAAAGGCAAAUUCAGCCGCUGUAAUUAUGCUUUGAGUAUAACGUAUUCAUUGCUCGAGUAUGCCUUGGGAAAUGGAAUAGUCCCCUGUAUUAAGGGAUAAUUGUAGUUUCGCACAGGCUAGGUUUAAUGUUCCAACUAAGAAUAUAGUUAUAGCCUAUUCAAUACAAACUAGUAAUUUGGAUCGGAGUAAACAAUAAAUCUAAUAUUGUAAAAAUAUAAUGCAACAAAACAGGUUUUUUUCAAAGAAAAAUGGAUUUACUUCCAAGAAAGGAUUACUAUUAGCUCCUGCGCAAAUUUAUACGAUAUAAAUCAACAUAUUGACCUACACUGACCCAUCUAUUUUAAAUGAUGAUAUGCAGAAUGAUUAGCCAUUGUACUAACAACUGGCUGUAUUUAUUUAUUCUUGUUAUACAGUCAAUAUGUCUGGAAAAAGUACUUUAAUUCUGGUAGUUUUGAUUGUUCUGAUUUGCACCGCUGUUGAGGGAGGUGCCUAUAAAUUCAAGAAAGCAAAGGAAGGAAAUAUAUUUAACGUACCUCCCAGUUGUCCUGAGGGCAAGAGACCUGUGAAAACAGCUCGUGGAUCUAUUUUAUGUAUUACUGAUUGGGGAAGGCGUUAACAUACAGACGAAUUGAAAUAAUCAUAUACAGUUUGUAAAUACCUGAACAAGAAUUAAAAUAAGAUGAUCAAAAGUACCUAUUUUCGCAGUUUAAAUUAAACGCGAGUAGUGAUGGUGCAAUCAGGAACCAACCGAACGUUUUGAUUUAUUUCAGAAAAGUGCGAAGUCUCUAUACAAAUUAAAACUGUUCAAAUAUGUGAGUUUUGGCUAGAGCUGGGAAAAGUUAGAUACUAGAACAUUCUGAGAAAUGCAAUGAAAGCUAAGUAGGUACCUGGUUAUUGAAUAAAUCUCUUUGAAUAAGUAGAUGGCCUAGUUUUUAGUUGCUUGUAUGCAUAAUAAGGCUAAUUACCUACUAAAAGCUCAAAUACAAAAAGUGAUAGGUACUGAAAAAUAACUAAACCAAAAAAAUAACUAAGAUUAACUGGUCAAAAUCCAUGUAGAAGUUGGUCAAAAUCCCAGAAAAUCUCAUAAGAUCCUUAAAAAUGUAACAAAAUUUCAUCAAAACCAAAAAAAUCCUGCAAAAUCUUAUAAAAUCAUUAACAUUCCUAAAAAAUAUUUCCUUUGAAAUUCCCAAAAAUUCUUUGGAAUCUCCAAAAAUCUGUUAAAGUCUCUCGAAUUACAUGAAAUUUCAGAGAAAUUCCGAUCGAAUUACACGAAAUCUUAAAUGAAUUGCAUGGAGGAAUUCUAAACAAUUAUAUGAAAUAACACCGAAAUUUCCAUCAUAAAAUUUCAGUUCUUACUGAAUUUUAGUAAAAUUUCAGAAAAUUCCACAAGUGGAAUGCCGAUGAAUUUCCGGCUAAAAACAUGGAAUUUCGGUGAUAUUCCGAAAAAUUACCAUGUAAUGACAUGAAAUUUCAAUAUAUUUCGGUAAAUUUUCAAGAAAUUACUUGAAGUUUCAUUAAUAUUCCCUGAAAUUUCUGGCUAGUACAAGACAAUUUUAGUGAAAUUCCGAAAAAUUCUUAUGAAAAUAAAUGAAAUUUUGAAAUAUUCCUUGAAGUUUCAUUGGACUUCCGAGAAAUCUUCGGCUAUGAACGUGGAAUUUCAAAAUAUUCUCAUAAAAUUUUAGUAAAUUCCAAGGAAUUUUUAAGAAAUUCCGAAGAAUUUUAUGAAAAUUUUGUGGACUUCCAGGAUAUUUAUUUAGUGAAAUUUUGGGGAAUUUCAGUAAAGUUAAAACAAAAAAUUCUGGAAUUUGGAAAUUGAAAUUUUAGUGGAAUUCCGAGGAAUUUCAUGAAAUCCUAUGCUGUAAUUUUGAAAAAAAAUUGUCCUAGAAUUCCAUAAAAUCUUCUGGUGAAAUGUUAAGGAAUUUCUAUGGAAUUACUUAAAAUUUUCGCGGAAUUUUUAUGGAAUAACUUGAAAUUUUAGUGGAGUUCCGAAGAAUCUCAUGAAAUUUCACAGUGUAAUUCCCAGGAAUUUAUGUUCAAGAAUUCCAUUGAAUUUUAUUGUGGUUUCCAUGAAAUCUUAUGGUAAAAUUUAGAAAAAUAUGAAAUCUUAUAGUAAAAUUUUUAGGAAUUUCCGUUUUUCCAUUCAAAUUUAUCACUUGAAUGGAAUUUCGAAGAAAUCCGUA